AUGGCCUCCCAACCCGUCCAAGGCUUCUCUCUCUUCCCCGCUGCCGUGCCCAAGAUCUCCAUUCCCAACCCUCAGAAUCACAAAAGAACGCCGAGUCUGCACAGAGUGAGCAUGGUGACUCCGGCGGAUAGCGCUCUGUCGCCUAAUGGCGAAUCUAUCAUGAUCAAAAUCGAAGAACAACCGCCCAUACCACAGUUCCCCAGCCACAUGCAAGACUCGAGGAAUAGUUCUCGAACACCAUCGCCAGAUGACAUUGGUCUAGCAGUGACGACUUCCUCUCCGAUUGAUGGCAAGACUCCGGCUACUGGUUCAGGUCAAGUCGUGACAUCGGUUGCCGCCGUCAAGUACACACCGUCCAUCUAUCAAUCAUCUUCGCCGCAGCCAUCAUUCAACGCAGCCACAGGUUCUGCAAGUAAUCUGAUCCAGAACGCUGCUCCCAUGUCAACUACCAAGAGCCCGUUAGGCACCGACCCCUCGCCCAUCGUUCCAAUUCGAUCCAUAUUCCCCACCUAUAACCCAUCCACCCUCCCACAGCUAAAUCAUGCUCCAAAGAGACCAACCCCUGCUCAGUUGGCGAGCAGUCUAUCGUUCGGGGCGUCGAGGGACGAUUACAGAACAAGCCUUGCUGUGCCCAUGUUGUCACAAGCCCCGAAGAGCACUCCAGGUAGCGUGUUCAACUUUCCCAUGGACACACUCAGUGUCAACGGGACAACGCGGAUCUCGAAUCAUCGAGAGCUUGAGAAAUUAUGGCAAGCAUCGCACGGGGCAGAACCAGAAGCGAGGAUUAGUACAUUUGACCUCGAAAUGGCUAGAAUCGACGAGGCAACGUUUGUCAUUGGAGCUCAUCCCUCUCUGCCAUUUUACACUUUGCAAACAUACGACACCAACGAAAUCGCUGUCUCCAAAACCAAUCCUCGAAAGUCGACGCAAACCCACGAUGUCGUUCUUUGCCCAUUAGAACCGAAUUCUCGCCGCCUGCCACCAAAUGAUGGUCUGGUGGCUUUUAUCUUCCCCAAACUCGCUGCAAUGCUAGCUAUUAAUCAAUCGGCAGCCCUGGCUUUAGAGCACAAUCUUGCUCCCACAGAUCGAGACGACGUUGAAGCCAAAGCAGUACGUCGUGCUGCAAAGCAAGAGGCGUGCUCUCUCCGAUUUAACGCACGGGGAGGUUUCUACGAGCUAGAACAUCCCGCUAUUGGUCGAGGAGCUAUGGGUGGUGAUUUCGCCACCGCCUCGCCAGUAGUCACGUCUCCCACUACUAUCAGGAGUAUGACGGGAAAACCCGUCCUCCACAUUACCGUCACGACAGAAAGCCCCCUACCCAUAAUUACAGUCAGCGACCCUAAUGCUGUACGUCGAACUGGUGGCAUGCCAGCGCCUCUACCAUUCACAAGCAUGUCGCCAGUCACGUCACCUCCUCCAUCUGCAGGACUUGCACUACGCCGUCUUAGCACUGUCCCUCAAACCGACUCUCCCUCUUCCGAUGGACAAAAUUUGGCAAGUUUGGAUCUCACAACGGAGACACUCCACCUCGAUGCCAAUGCAAUCCUCGAGCUCAUGCCCUCGCUAUUCAGCAUCGACUGCAUAGUCACAGCCAUUCUAGCUGUUGCCGUAGCUGACGCAAAAACCAAUUCUACGUUGGGUGCCAUGGACAUAUGGAAACCAAGGCCUGCCCCUCCCAGCCGAUUAGGCACAAUACCCCCAUCACGGUUCGGAAAUGGUCCCAGUACAACACGACCUGGCAGUGUGCGUAGCUACGCUGGAAGCACAUUCUAUGCCACGAUUGCGGAGCGGGAGGAGGCAGAGGAAGAAGCCCGGCUCAUGAGACGGAUACAUGAGAGCGACGUACGCAACGCCAAUGGCCGUGCCAAAGCCAAGGGUAAAGACAAGGGGAAAUCAAGAACAUGGUUUGGGCGAAAACAAGCGUCAAUGGACUCGACCACAGACGGGGAGACGGAAGCGGAGGCGGAAACCGACUUUGAGAAGUCCACGUCAAAGUCAACCAGAUCGAAAAGGGGUAGAAAGAAGGAAAAGAACAAGAAGAAAAAGGUGCUCAUGACUGAGUUUGAUCUAGAAAAGCUAGGUCAUUAUCAAUCCGGUGAUCGAAAAGGACAGGAAUUACCGCCACUAACGAGGAAUGUUCUUGGUUUAUUGGUCAUGGGUCUACGGCUGGUGGUCUGGCUAUUGAGCAUGCUGGUUCAAUUUUUGGCAUGGUUGCUUGUCACUGGGACUAGGUGCUUUACAAGUGAGAAGUUCUAGCUGGGAAUUGGAUUAUGAGGGAUGGAUGAGCUUGGGUAAUAAGCCACGGUAUGAAGUCCCAGGCGUCAUGGACUAUGAACGGUCAGUACAUGAUCUGGAUACAUAUAAG